AUGAUAACAGAGUACGUAGAUUCAACAUCCGUACUUGAAAAAUUGGGUUUAUUAGCAUUCAUAUUUGCCAUUGUUACGGGAAAUAUCUGUGCAUUUGUCACAUUUUGCGUACGUGGCGAUAAAAAAUAUUGGUCAAAUAUGCUUAUACUAGGUAUGUCAUUCAUUGAUAUCUUUAUCGGUAGUUUUGUUCUACCUUUACGUUAUCUCAACGCUUACGGACACCCGUUAACGCCAAAACUAUGUACUGCAUUACGAAUUGGUGAAUCUGGUGCUUUGGCAGCAGUUGUAUAUGCAAUUAUUUUCAUGAUAUAUGCUCGGCUAUAUAAUUUAAAACGACCAUCAGUAGUCAUUCAUCGUCGUUACCUUCUGAUAUUACUAUUAUCAUCAUGGAUAGUUAUUUUUCUAUUUUAUGGAAUUCCAUUUAUGAUCGAUUAUUCGAAUUAUUCUUUAUCGAUAACAUCAACCAACACAAUAAAUGCGACAUCAUAUUGUACAACUUAUGCAACAUCAAUUUAUCAUUCACCAUGGAUGGCUUAUACUGAAAUAGGAAUAAUUUAUUCGAUGCCAUUAAUAUUGAUAUCUAUCGGCUUAAUUUAUCUUCUCCAUUGUAUAUGUCAACCAAGGCCCAAACAAUUAGGACCAACUGAACGAAAAAUAUAUCUUAAAAAUCAAAAAAUGAUAUGGCAUGUUUUUUUACUAGGCAUAACAUUUCUUUUUCUUUGGGUUCCUUGGAUGUCAGUUCGUAUUCUCAUUAUCUUUUACAGUACAUACACGAUUCAACUUGUUCUGAAAAUAACUUAUUAUAUACUUUUAUUCAAAUCUGUACUAUUUCCUAUAGUAUAUGCAUCAACAAAUGCAUCUUUUCGUGGUUCAUUCGCCAUGUAUAAGCAUCAAAGGAUGACAUUCAACACGCGUGUAUCGGUGAUUGAUUAUCAACAUGAAUAUUCACUUACAAACCGUCGUGGAUAUUAA